AUGGCGUCUAAUAGUAUUGUCAUCGUCGGCGCGGGAAUCAUUGGUCUCGACGUUGCUCUCGUUCUCUCCCAGCAAGGCUACGGAAAGAACAUCACAGUCAUAGCCGAAUACCUCCCUGGCGACACUUCGCCGUCAUACACAUCUCCCUGGGCUGGCUGCAACUUUUCCGCCAUUUCUGGCACCGAUGCCAACGCGAUAAAAUGGGAUCGCCACGGCUAUUUACACCUCAAGAAGCUGGCCGCAGAAGACUCUGACAAGUCUUUUGUGAAAAGGACGCCUUCAAUUGAGUUCUGGGAUGAUAACGUCCCGCAUGACAAGAUCAAGGCUAUGGCCGACUAUCUUGACGACUUCCGAGCUUUGUCCGCUCAAGAGCUUCCUGAUGGCGUCAAAUUCGGCUGUGCGUUCACCACAUUGACCGUCAACGCACCAGCUCACUGCUUGUACCUGUACAAGAAGCUGAGAGAGGAAUACGGCGUGCGAUUUAUCCGCCGCAAGCUCGGAAGUAUCCAUGAGGCAUACGAGAAUCCGGCAACAAAAGUUGUCUUCAACUGCACGGGUAACGCAGCAAAGACGCUUGCAGGCGUGCAAGACGAGAAGUGUUAUCCAACUCGAGGCCAAGUCCUUCUCGUUCGGGCAUCGCAUGUGAGUACCAACAUCAUGCGUCACGGCAAGGACUACGAGACGUAUGUCAUCCCUAGACCUGGAUCAAAUGGAAAUGUCAUCUUGGGAGGAUACAUGCAGAAGGGCAACGAUGAUAGCGCAACGUACUCUUCAGAGAACGAGUCCAUUCUCCAGAGAACAACAGAGCUAAGCAAAGAGCUGCAGCAGAAGGAACCCGAGGUCUUGGCUGCAUUUGCGGGCAUGCGACCAUCUCGUGAAGGCGGCGCAAGAAUUGAACGCGAUGAGAUCCCCGUUAAUGGAGAAAGACGUGUCAUUGUGCAUAAUUAUGGCGCUGGUGGUACAGGCUUCCAAGCUGGCUACGGUAUGGCAUUGGACGCCGUCAAGAGCAUCGAGGACAUUCUGAGCACCCUUCCGACCAGGUCAUUAUUGUAA